GCUUAUAAAAGGCAAAAGCGUAAGCCAGAGCGCCCAGACAACCAGAGAGGCAGCAAACCGGAGCGGUAGGACAGCAGGAGCCCGGAGAUACUCACUCUCACUCACUCACUCACUCAUCCCAGACUCCAGACCCGGAGCACGCUGAGCAAUUACAGCCUUCGCUCUCUCCUCUCGCCAGAAUGAUCCACUUUCCAGCUCUCGCAAUCCUCCUCGUUCUCUACCUCGCCAAAGCAGAGCCGAGCUGCACGCCGCAGUGCCAGUGCCCCCGGGAGCCUCCACGCUGCGCCCCCGGCGUCAGCCUGCUGCUGGACGGCUGCGGCUGUUGCCGAGUCUGCGCCCGGCAGCUCAACCAGGACUGCAGCAAGACGCUUCCCUGCGACCGCACCAGAGGGCUGGAGUGCAACUUUGGCGCCAGCCCCAGCGCCCAACGGGGCAUCUGCAGAGCCAAGUCAGAGGGACGCCCGUGUGAGUAUAACAGCCGGAUCUAUCAGAACGGUGAGAUCUUCCAGCCCAACUGCAAGCACCAGUGCACCUGCAUGGAUGGGGCUGUGGGCUGCCUCCCCCUCUGCCCCCAGGAGCUCUCGCUCCCCAACGCGGGCUGCCCCAACCCCUGGCUGGUCAAGGUGCCGGGACAGUGCUGCGAGGAGUGGACGUGUGACAGGAGCAAGGCUGGGCCGGAGGCCGAAGGAAGGGGAGGUGCCUUCAGCCAGGAGACGGUGGUGAAAUCAUGGCACGACCUGCCCCUGUACAACAACGAGCUCCUCUCCCUGCUCAAAAAGCGGUUCAAGAGGCUCCCAGCUUGGAGACCCAAGUGUUUUGUUCAGACAACUGAGUGGUCGCAGUGUUCCAGGACCUGUGGGGUAGGCGUAUCCACCAGGGUCACCAAUGACAAUCCUGACUGCAAGCUUCGAAAGGAGACGAGGAUCUGCAACCUACGACCCUGCGAUCAGGUCGCGCUUCCUGACCUCAAGAAAGGAAAGAAGUGCUACAGGACGAAAAAAUCCAGCAGCGCGACACAUUUCACCUACGCAGGCUGCACCAGCGUGAAGAGAUACCGCUCCAAGCACUGCGGCUCGUGCGUGGAUGGCCGUUGCUGCACCCCCCAGCAGACCAGGACAGUCCGAGUCCGCUUCCGCUGUGACGACGGAGAGACCUUCACGAAGAACAUGAUGAUGAUCCAGUCGUGUCGGUGCCACUACAACUGCCCCCACCACAACGAGGCCUCCAGUCCUUACGUCAUGCUGCACAAUGACAUUCACAAGUUCCUAGAUUGACCCUCCGCUCUGGCGGGCACCGGGCAGGCAGCGGAGGAAUCGGCCGCUCAGUGGAAGGGACACGUUUGAAACAGGACAGUAACACAGCAGGCAGGACUUAAUCCUCCUCCCUUUCUGCAGAGAUACUUCCCACGGGUCAUGUGGACAACCAGCACAAGUCAUCACACCAACAGGGUAGUUUGCACUAGUCCCCGCAUUUCUUUCCCAAGUUGUGACUGCAGAAUAUUGGAAAGACUUGGGGAUGUUGAAGGGGCUGUAGUGUAGGGUUUAUCUGGUUAGUGUUACAUACAACAGUAGUAGGGACCAGUAGCUGGGGUGGGGAAGGCUACGAUUGUUGUUAUACUGUAUCUUAUACCUAUGUGCACUGUGCAUUAAUGCCCUCGGGGCAACUGAGGCUGAGGGGUGGGUGAACCCUCAAGUUUAAAUGGAAGCUUCAAUUAAUUGGAGCAAAGAAAUAGCUUCAUAUUGGAGCAUAGUUUACCCACUUCUUUUUGUUCUAUUUGUAACAAAGCAAUGUAUAUUUGUAUUAUUAUAUAAUGUCUUACUUUGUACUCUAAGCAACCCGUUGUCUCUCGUGUCCUCGUGUGGGAAAAAACAUGGUCGUAGUAUAGAGCAAAGUUGUGAGUUCCCAGGCAAGGAGCAAACCACGUUAUUCCCUUGGGUGAGCAGAACAGCUCACAUUGUGUGGCAGCUAGUAACCAAACCUGUUAAAAGUUCUGGCUGUCUAACGUGCAUAGCACAGCGAACGGAAUCAGUUAUGUUAAAUCCUGCAAUAUAUCCAUUGAAUGUUGCAUUAUUUAUCAAAAAUGUAGCAGAUUCUAUUGGGUACAAGAAAGUCAUACUGGAAUUAAAUGUACAUAGAUUUAAUUUUUUUAAGAAGGAAAUUAAACAAUUUAUUUAUGGAACUGAA